GCGCUCCCGCGUCAGUGUGCUGGUGUGCGCAGGCGCGGCGAGAGUGAUUAGCCCCUUUGGGUGGGCGGCGAAGCGCGGGUGAUACCAUGGCGGGCGGUGGUGUCGGGGAGACGAAGGUGAUUUACCACCUGGAUGAGGAAGAGACUCCCUACCUGGUGAAGAUACCUGUCCCCGCCGAGCGCAUUACCCUCGGCGAUUUCAAGAGCGUCUUGCAGCGGCCUGCGGGAGCUAAGUACUUUUUCAAGUCUAUGGAUCAGGAUUUCGGGGUGGUGAAGGAAGAAAUUUCUGAUGACAAUGCUCGCCUGCCCUGCUUCAAUGGAAGGGUGGUGUCCUGGCUAGUGUCAUCAGAUACCCCUCAACCCGAGAUGGUUCCCCCAGCCCAUGAGCCUCGCACAGAAUUGGUACCUCCACCCCCACCACUACCCCCUUUGCCACCAGAGAGGACCAGUGGCAUUGGGGACUCCAGACCUCCAUCUUUUCACCCUAACGUCUCCAGCAGCCGUGAAAACCUGGAGCCGGAGACAGAAACAGAGUCAGUUGUGUCUCUGAGGCGGGAGCGACCACGCAGAAGAGACAGCAGUGAGCAUGGCGGUGGGGGCCACAGGCCCAGUGGACCCUCGAGGCUGGAGCGCCACUUGGCUGGUUACGAGAGUUCCUCCACCCUGAUGACCAGUGAGCUGGAGAGUACCAGCCUGGGGGACUCGGACGAGGAUGACACCAUGAGCAGGUUCAGCAGCUCCACAGAGCAGAGCAGUGCCUCCCGCCUUCUCAAACGUCACCGGCGGCGGAGGAAACAGCGGCCACCCCGCCUGGAGAGGACCUCAUCUUUCAGCAGUGUCACUGACUCCACAAUGUCUCUUAACAUCAUCACAGUAACGCUCAACAUGGAGAAAUACAACUUUCUGGGCAUCUCCAUUGUGGGCCAGAGCAAUGAGCGAGGAGAUGGUGGCAUCUACAUCGGCUCCAUCAUGAAGGGUGGGGCUGUGGCAGCUGAUGGGCGCAUUGAGCCUGGAGACAUGCUUUUACAGGUGAAUGACAUGAACUUUGAGAACAUGAGCAACGAUGAUGCUGUGCGGGUGCUGAGGGACAUUGUACACAAGCCAGGCCCCAUUGUGCUGACUGUGGCCAAGUGUUGGGACCCCUCUCCACAAGCCUACUUCACGCUCCCCCGAAAUGAGCCCAUACAGCCUAUUGACCCUGCCGCCUGGGUCUCCCACUCGGCCGCGCUGACCGGCGCCUUCCCAGCCUACCCUGGCUCUUCAUCCAUGAGCACCAUUACAUCUGGGUCCUCUCUGCCUGAUGGCUGUGAAGGCCGGGGUCUCUCCAUCCAUACCGAUAUGGCAUCUGUGACCAAGGCCAUGGCAGCUCCAGAGUCUGGACUGGAAGUUCGGGACCGCAUGUGGCUCAAGAUCACUAUCCCAAAUGCCUUUCUGGGCUCAGAUGUGGUUGACUGGCUCUACCAUCAUGUGGAGGGCUUUCCCGAGCGGCGCGAGGCCCGAAAGUAUGCCAGUGGGUUGCUCAAGGCGGGCCUCAUUCGGCACACUGUCAACAAGAUCACUUUCUCCGAGCAGUGCUACUAUGUCUUCGGAGACCUCAGUGGUGGCUGUGAGAGCUACCUGGUCAACCUGUCUUUGAAUGACAAUGAUGGUUCCAGCGGAGCUUCGGACCAGGACACCCUGGCUCCUCUACCUGGGGCUACCCCAUGGCCCCUGCUACCCACCUUCUCCUAUCAGUACCCAGCUCCCCACCCAUACAGUCCCCAGCCCCCACCCUACCAUGAGCUUUCGUCCUACACGUAUGGUGGGGGCAGUGCCAGCAGCCAGCACAGUGAGGGGAGCCGGAGCAGUGGGUCUACACGGAGCGAUGGUGGGGCAGGGCGCACUGGGAGGCCUGAGGAACGGGCCCCUGAGUCCAAAUCCGGCAGUGGCAGUGAGUCAGAGCCUUCCAGCCGGGGGGGUAGCCUUCGACGGGGUGGGGAACCUGGUGGGGCUGGUGACGGGGGCCCUCCUCCAUCGAGGGGUUCUUCAGGGGUUGUCCCCAAUCUCCGAGCCCACCCAGGGCUCCAUCCCUAUGGGCCACCUCCUGGCAUGGCCCUCCCCUAUAACCCCAUGAUGGUGGUUAUGAUGCCCCCACCCCCACCUCCUGUUCCCCCAGCAGUGCAGCCCCCAGGGGCCCCUCCCAUUAGAGACUUGGGCUCUGUGCCCCCUGAGCUGACAGCCAGCCGCCAGAGCUUCCACAUGGCCAUGGGUAACCCUAGUGAGUUCUUUGUGGAUGUGAUGUAGACCCCCCCCCCAGUGGGGCCACUUGGUGCUCCUGCUGUGAUUGGUGUCCUGUCAAUCACGUGCUCACAAUGCCUCUGGCUGCCCUGCUCAGCCUACUGGCUGCUGCUGUCUGUCGGGGCUGUUGCCACUGUGACUCCUACCAGCCGUGCCUGGUUCCUCCCUCUUCUCUCGGGGGUGUACAAGGGACCUUUCAUUAUUUUUAGCUUUAUUAUUUUUUUAUAAGCCUUUUGAGGAUUAAAAAUAGACUUUCUUACACUUUUUGGAAUAUUUUUUUAUAGACAGUUCCUCUUUUAUAUGAAGAAUCCCUGUUCUCCCAGGCCCCUCUUCUAACCCCAAAAUGUGACCUCCUACUCCAGUCACCCAGUUAGUUAUGCCCUGUGCAGGGUGGUGGGUGGUCAGUGGUACCCUGGGAGGAGGAAGGGGAUUGGUCACCCCAGACAGCAGUUGAAGGAAACUGGGGUCUUGGGGGGCCAUGUAGCUGCCUUUGUUAAUCUAUUUAUUUUAGUCACUUGUAUAAAACACCAAAUAAAGCAAUAGAGGCAAACUC